AUGCCUUAUAUGGACACAACUGUGAUCGGCCGAAGCCGUUCACAAAAUGCAACCGAUGAUAAUGUAUCUCUGAAUCGGAUGUAUAACAAGCAACUUGUUCUUAAUAAAAGUUUGAUUUGUACAAAUAUUUGUAUUGUAGACUUACCCACGGAAACAGUGGUGGAAGGGGACUGCUUGAUUUGUUCCAAAAAUAUUUCACAAAUAACUGUUCGUGGAGUCGAAUGCAACGGAAAUGCUUUAGGAUUAUGUGUGUCAGGUGAUUCUGUUAAUUCUAGUUCACUCUUCAAUGGAACUUUUAACGCCUAUUGGAAUACCUGCAAACAGAAUAACAAAUUUAUUACAGGAAACACUCACAUUGUGUGUCAAAGUGAGUCUACAUGGACUGGGAUAAGGAAAUACAAUAUAGACACGGACAACUACGGGAACGGUACCACAGCUGUCAAGGCAGAGUCCCCCAGCCUCACACUGACUAAAGAUACUCUUGUGAUUAUACUAAGUGUCUCCGGGACCACUAUAGCAGUAUGCGUUUUUCUUCUGCUAUGCUAUAGAGUGUUGCGUGAGAGGUGUCGAAAGCCUGGAACAUCACAUGUACAUCUCGACAAUAUUGGACAAAUUACUCAUUUAAAUACCCAAGGACAAUCAAGAUCCAAGGCUGAUUCUAAGGCGCAAAAUAGGUACCAAACUAUAGUACCUAAUUGUGGAAACGACCAUUGCUACGACCCUAUUCACAAAUCGGAACAAGAAAGCGGCCCAAAGUUUGUAAUAGUUCAAUGA